GUGUGACCACUGCCGUAGUGGGAGUCGCAGGCAGCCCCGCAGCCGCGUCCAGCCGCCCUCGGUGCCCUCGCGUCGCCCCUGGGAUGCGGGGCCGCGCCUCGCCAUGACGGGCUCGGGGCGCCCCGCUCUCCGGCUCCGGCUCCAGCCCCAGGCGGCGGCUCCUUUCGGGGUGGUGCUGCAGCGCGCCGCCGCUGUCCUACCCGGCGCCUGCUGACUGCGGCUCCCGCUCCUCCUUCUCCUUCUCCUUCUUCUCCUCCUCCGACGCCGCGCCCACGCCCCGGCUCGGCGCUGGGUCCUGAGGAAAUUUGAACAUAACUUUGGAAGAAGGCUUCUUUCUCAAUAUUUGAACUACAUAUAACAAGGCCAUCAGAAUGUCUGGAGCCUCAGUGAAGGUGGCUGUUCGGGUCAGGCCCUUCAAUUCCCGAGAGACCAGCAAAGAAUCCAAAUGUAUCAUUCAGAUGCAAGGCAACUCAACCAGUAUUGUCAACCCAAAGAACCCAAAGGAAGCGCCAAAGUCUUUCAGCUUUGACUACUCCUACUGGUCUCACACCUCGCCUGAAGAUCCCUGUUUUGCAUCUCAGAACCGGGUGUACAAUGACAUUGGAAAAGAAAUGCUCUUGCAUGCCUUUGAAGGCUACAACGUUUGUAUUUUUGCCUAUGGACAGACAGGUGCUGGAAAAUCCUAUACAAUGAUGGGCAAACAAGAAGAAAGUCAGGCAGGCAUCAUCCCACAGUUAUGUGAGGAACUCUUUGAGAAAAUCAAUGAUAACAGUAAUGAGGAAAUGUCUUACUCUGUGGAGGUGAGUUACAUGGAGAUUUACUGUGAGAGGGUACGGGAUUUGCUGAAUCCAAAAAACAAGGGUAAUUUGAGAGUCCGAGAGCAUCCUCUUCUUGGACCUUAUGUGGAAGACUUAUCUAAGCUGGCAGUUACUUCUUAUACAGAUAUUGCAGACCUCAUGGAUGCUGGGAACAAAGCCAGGACAGUGGCAGCUACCAACAUGAAUGAGACUAGUAGCCGUUCCCAUGCUGUGUUCACCAUUGUUUUUACUCAGAAGAAACAUGAUUCUGAAACUGACCUCUCAACAGAGAAGGUCAGCAAGAUCAGUUUGGUGGAUCUGGCCGGGAGUGAAAGAGCUGACUCAACUGGUGCCAAGGGGACUCGCUUAAAGGAAGGAGCAAAUAUCAAUAAAUCUCUUACAACCCUGGGCAAAGUCAUUUCAGCCUUGGCAGAAGUGAGUAAAAAGAAGAAAAAAACAGAUUUUAUUCCAUAUAGAGAUUCUGUUCUGACUUGGCUCCUUCGAGAGAAUCUAGGUGGGAACUCUCGCACUGCAAUGGUUGCUGCCCUUAGCCCAGCAGAUAUCAACUAUGAUGAAACUCUGAGCACUUUAAGAUAUGCAGAUCGUGCAAAACAAAUUAAAUGCAAUGCUGUCAUCAAUGAAGAUCCCAAUGCCAAACUUGUUCGUGAACUGAAGGAGGAGGUCACAAGAUUGAAAGACCUCCUACGCGCUCAAGGGCUGGGAGAUAUCAUUGAUACAUCCAUGGGGUCCCUUACAACAUCUCCAUCUUCCUGCUCACUAAAUAGUCAGGUGGGCUUAACUUCUGUGACCAGUAUUCAGGAGAGGAUCAUGUCUACUCCUGGAGGAGAAGAGGCCAUUGAACGUCUUAAGGAAUCUGAGAAGAUCAUUGCUGAAUUGAAUGAGACGUGGGAAGAGAAGCUUCGUAAAACAGAAGCCAUCAGGAUGGAGAGAGAGGCCUUAUUAGCUGAAAUGGGAGUUGCCAUUCGGGAAGAUGGAGGAACUCUGGGUGUCUUUUCACCGAAAAAGACACCACAUCUUGUUAACCUCAAUGAAGAUCCACUCAUGUCUGAAUGCUUGCUUUACUACAUCAAAGAUGGCAUUACACGGGUUGGCCAAGCAGAUGCUGAACGACGCCAAGAUAUAGUGCUUAGUGGGGCUCACAUUAAAGAGGAGCACUGUAUCUUCCGGAGUGAGAGAAAUCAGAAUGGUGAAGUUAUUGUGACUUUGGAACCUUGUGAGCGCUCUGAAACUUAUGUCAAUGGCAAGAGGGUUGUACAGCAUGUACAGCUACGCUCAGGAAAUCGCAUCAUCAUGGGUAAAAAUCACGUUUUUCGUUUCAACCAUCCGGAGCAAGCACGGGCCGAGCGUGAAAAGACUCCAUCAGCUGAGACACCUUCUGAACCAGUCGACUGGACAUUUGCCCAGAGAGAGCUUCUAGAGAAACAAGGCAUUGAUAUGAAACAGGAGAUGGAAAAAAGGCUCCAGGAAAUGGAAAUCUUGUAUAAGAAAGAGAAAGAAGAAGCUGACCUCUUAUUGGAGCAGCAGAGACUGGAUGCAGAUUCUGAUAGCGGGGACGAUUCAGACAAGAGGUCCUGUGAGGAGAGCUGGAGGCUGAUUACUUCCCUGAGAGAAAAACUACCUCCUAGCAAGUUACAAACCAUUGUUAAAAAAUGUGGGCUCCCGAGCAGUGGGAAGAAACGAGAGCCAAUCAAAAUGUACCAGAUUCCCCAAAGAAGGCGCCUCAGCAAAGACUCCAAAUGGGUCACCAUCUCAGACCUCAAGAUUCAGGCUGUAAAAGAAAUCUGCUAUGAGGUUGCCCUCAAUGAUUUCAGACAUAGCCGGCAAGAAAUUGAGGCCUUAGCUAUUGUUAAAAUGAAAGAACUUUGUGCCAUGUAUGGGAAGAAAGACCCCAAUGAGCGAGAUUCUUGGAGGGCAGUGGCCAGAGAUGUCUGGGACACAGUUGGUGUUGGAGAUGAGCGAAUUGAGGACGUGAUGGCCAAUGGGAAAGGAGUCACUGAUGUAGAUGACCUCAAAGUACACAUAGAUAAACUGGAGGAUAUUUUACAAGAAGUAAAAAAACAAAACAACAUGAAAGAUGAAGAGAUCAAAGUAUUGAGAAAUAAAAUGUUAAAAAUGGAAAAAGUCUUGCCGCUGAUUGGAUCACAAGAGCAGAAAUCUCAAGGAAACUAUAAAAGUAAAGACCCAACCUGUGCUGGUGUCACUCACAAGUCAGAAGCUGAGGAACCUGGAAAAGAAGAGCGCGUUUCACAGUUGAUGGAUGGGGAUCCAGCCUUUAGGCGUGGGCGUCUUCGGUGGAUGAGACAAGAACAGAUUCGGUUUAAGAAUUUGCAACAGCAGGAGAUAACUAAGCAGCUUCGCAGACAGAAUGUACCACAUAGAUUUAUCCCCCCAGAGAACCGAAAACCUCGAUUCCCAUUUAAGAGCAAUCCCAAACACAGAAACUCUUGGAGUCCAGGAACACAUAUCAUUAUAACAGAAGAUGAGGUUAUAGAGUUAAAAAUUCCAAAGGAGGAAGAGGAAAGAAAAGGAAGUGAAGAGAGCCAAGAAAAAAUUAGCAGAGCAAUGUCUAAGGACCCCCAGUUCACAUGGGGUCAUCAAGGCAAUCGAAGCCAAGAUUCCAUACAAGUAAGCAAGCAACAUCUUAAUAAUCAUCAGCAGCAGCCACCUCCUCAGUUGCGAUGGAGAAGUAAUUCCCUCAAUAAUGGCCAGCAGAAAAAUGUACGUGCUCAAUCUGCAUCGUCAGAGUCAUUACAGCCAUUCAAUGGGCACCAGAACCCUGAUCUACAAACUUUCCAGCAGAAGCGCCAUAUUCAUCAGCACCGCCAGCCUUACUGUAAUUACAACACUGGAGGCCAAAUGGAAGGCAGUAUGUCCAGUUUCUACCAGAAGCAGACUGACCGACCCAACCACUAUAACCAGUUUGUGACACCACCUCGAAUGAGAAGACAGUUUUCUGCACCUAAUCUCAAAACUGGUAGAGAAACUACAGUGUAACUCACUUGGACAAGCUUGAAAUUUUAUUGGGAGAAAGAGGGGAAUGGUAAUUUUGACUUAUGAUUGAAAAACACUUGAAAUGGGUCUACCUUUGUGUUCUGUGGCCACAUAGGAUUCCUGUUGUGAUUUUGAUGUUGUAUUCCAACAGAUAUUAACUAUUUCUUAAUCUUAUACCGUACGUAAUACACUGGAAUUUUAAUACAUCCCUUUUUGAUUGUGUACCAUUGAUGGGAUAUUUUUCUGGGAUUUUGGAAAAACAGAUUCCCUGAUUUUUCAGAGUGUUGUUUGUGUGUGUGCCUUUGUGUGUGCCAGAAUACUGGAUUUAAUUACAGGAACUUUUCUGUUUUGAUCUAGUGCUACAUUUUGAAAGUUAAAGUGGGAGUUUACUGUCCAGAAAGAACUGCCUCUUAAAUUUAUGCUGACAGUCAAAAAGGGAAUAUUUAUCCAGUGUUGAAUGUCAAGUUUCAGAACUGUUAAAAAUUGAUAAAAUGGCAUACAACUACAUAGUCACAACUUCAGAUUUCUGUCCAACUUCCAUUCCCCUUCCCCAAAUUGGAUUUAACUGUCCACAAACCAAAACUUGAUUUUGACUCACAUGGAAAUAUUAUAGAGCUUUGCAUCUUCCACAGAGCUACUCUUUUUUUCCGUGGUUUGCAGGGAAGAGUUGAGUCAAUUGUGUUGUAGAAUGAGUGAAGAAGGCUGUUUUUCUCCUUCCUAGUUCUGUUAAUGUCAUUACUUUUAUGAAAUUUGCCAUGACAUCAAAGCUUGUAUCAGAUGGCACAGUAAUUGAGAAUAUGUAUAUUGUUUGCAGUUUGAAUCUUAACCCAAUGUGUAAUGAACUUUAUUUUAUGUUUUUACUCCAACUUAAAACUACAAUAACAAAAUGCCAAGAAAAUAAGCUAGUCUUUGGAUAGUACUAUUUGUAAGAGGAUGUGGGGUAGGGUGGGGCAAGGAAAUGGUACUGCUUUCAUAGACCAGAUGAUGAAAUCAUGAAAGUUAGGUUGGUUUGGGUUUGAAAGUAUAGAUGCAGAAUGUGUUCUUUUAGUUGGAAAUUGAACAAACCCUACAAGUUUAUGCUUUUACAAAUCUUACUGAGAAGAGAAAGACUGGCAAAAAUCUGUGUUCAUAUAGAUACCUCAUUUUUAGUGCAUUCUGGUUUCAGAUUGUUUCACUCUUUGGAGAAUCUGAUGGAAAAUGAAAAUAUUUUUGAUGGGAAGAGCGUUUUCCUUCCCAAUCCUUUGUGCCUUCUCACAAUCUAACCUUAGAAACAAUGUGAAGAAUCAGAGAUGCCAUAAAGUUCAUAUUGUUCAGAAUUUACAAAACUAUACAGCUUAAGGCAUCUACUUAACAUUCAACCUUCUUAGAUGAUGAGGCAAAUUAUAGAGCAGGUAACAUUUAAGGAAGCCUUAAGGAUUAUAAUUGUGUUGGGGGGGGUUAUUUUGGGGAGGGAUAUUGUGUGUGCAUGCACGUGCGCGCUUGUGUGUGUCUGUGUGUGUGUGUGCUUAGUCAUUAUUGAAACGCAUUACUAUUGUGAGAUUUGUUUCUUUUCUUCUGAAAAGAUGCUUUCUUAAUGUGCUAAAACACUCAUUUGCUUCAUAUUAGCUCUUGGAUUUUUACCUUCAAAAAUAAAAAUCAGAAUCUUUGGGGGACACAUUUGCCUUCAGUGUUUGAACCUAAUCUUAUUCUUAAACUUUUUGUUGUUAAUUGAACAUGGGAAGAAUCAGUUAUAAUGCAUUCAGUUAAAAUGACAAUCUCCUGUCUUGCAUCACAUGAAUGUACUUGGUAGACUACCUCAGGUCACUUCUGUGCAUUUAGUGUAGGCCCUCUUUGUCUCUUAUCAUUCUUUUCUUAGGCAGUUGAAACCAACCUGUCCUUUCAUAUGUUCUCACUCUUCUGCUUCUGCAAAAAACAUACAUUUUAGAAUCUGAAAAUGAAUUACCCAAGCCUCAACUCUAGAAAGUAUUCUUUUUUGCUCUAAACUUUCAAUUGGGUAGUUAUAUGAUUUUUAUAUGUGGUAGCAUAUUUAACCUAUUUCUAUGCUACCUUUUCCCUUUAGACAGUGGAAGUAACUUGAUAAAUUAUUAAAAUGAGAAAAAGUAUAUUUGCUUUUACAAUUAUGGAAUAUAGUGUGCACAAUGGUCUUCCAAAGAAUUUCAUAUAUGUUUGUCACAUUUGAUUAUAUAGUUGUGCUCACAUUGCUAUUAUUUUUUAUUUACCCUGUUGGUCAAAAAAAAUCUUCAAAACUCUAAAGUAGCCCUUUAGUGCACAAAAUUCAGGGAGAAAAUCAACUAAGAUUUAGCAGUUGGGGCUGAUGUCAAUUUUGUCAUCUAGGAGCUCAUUUCAGAAGAGAUACCUGUCUUAGUGAAUAGCCUAAUUUGAAUAAACCUGUAUCAUUGAAUCUCUGGAUGAAAUUAUUAACCCAGUCUCACACUUUGUCAGUUUAACCCAGUUUUAUAAUUUGAAUGGCAUGUCUUCUUAAGCCUAAAUAUUGGAGGAAUAGAGAAAAUAAUCAGAACUUUAUAUAGUAUUAUUAUGGUCGUGUCAAUAUCCACUAUUAUGGUGACUGGACAAAAAUGCAACUCUUAAUAGUCUUGGAACUAGAUGGUGGUAGGACAGUAAUGGGAAUCUAGGGGAGCUUUGCUAGCUACUGUGACAUCACAAACCAAGAUGUAUUACUAAGAGAGUAAAAUAAGGGUAGAAAGCAGCAUUAAUGAUAUUUUAUGAAUUUAAGUUUCAACCAAAGUGUUUUUUUUUCCUUUAAAUACUUUUACUACUUACCUGUCCUUAGCAAUGUAGGCUUUUAUUUUACUAGAAAAGGGAUUGGAAUUUGUUUAUUACAUUGAAGUGGCUUGAAGUGACCAUACCGUUCAUAUUUUAGAUAAGGGUGAUGAUGCUGAAAUUUUCACACUUAUGGGCCUAUUGAAACAGGCUCUCAAACUACAAGAAAUGAUGCAUUGCAAACUCCCUGUGGUGAAGUCUGUUAAUGGUGAUUCGUUCAGUUACCUUAAUGAAUCACAUUCAAGACAGGGACAAGGGAGGUUUCUUCUGUCCUCAUCUCCCUUAAGGAAGAAGCCUUCUUAGGAGUGAUGCAAACUAGGGAAUUUGCCUGAUAAAAUGAGGGCCUUUUGAUAAUGGAUAAUUUUGGUAAUGUGUAUUUAAUGUUGUCAUCCCUUAUGGAUAAUAAAAUUUGCUUUAGAUAUUUGUCUUGAACCACUUUAGGAUGUGAAAUUCAUGUUAAUUUUUCUUCCCAUUUUACUGUAAAAGAAAGUGUUGAAUCUUUCUUCCAAUAAAAAAGAAAAACUCUGUGGACUUUUC